AUGGCUACAAUCGCCCAGAAAGAAAGAAUAUUUCAAGAGUUUGAGAAAGCCCGUGAACACCAAACCAAGGCUGCAGCCCUGAAGAGUGUGGCAAAAUUGGGCCUUCCGGGGUUCUAUCCUGGAUGCUUGUACCAAUCAAAGUGGGGGUCUGUACGGGAGGAACAACGUUGGACACUCCUCCUUCAGACGGCUCCGGCACUGUGUUCCAAACACAAAGAAUUGCCCAAUUCUUUGAGAAGAAUUCUCAACAUGGAAAAGCUCAAGUUCUCAGAGACAACCACAGGUGGUCCUGUAAAGACCCAUUUACCCUUUGUCUUUCAGGAAGUCGUUGAGAAUAUGACCAUGGAACGCAUCUCUGCUGGUGAAGAGGUCUCCACAACAUACAUCAAGCACCUGAUCUUGUUCCUGGCGGAAAUUUGGAACGAAACCAUAGAGACCAUUGGGACUAUGCUCCAAACAAAGGGCUUGGAUUAUUUGAAGGAGCACGAUGAAGAGCUCGCGGAGAUGAGUCAAGCUGAAAUGGAUUGUGUCUUUCAGAAGAUGGUUGAACGCCAAGAGGAAUUGCUGGCACCAAUCCAUUUGACAGAAACCGAUGGUGCUUUGGUGAAGCAGGUGCAAAGACUAUGCACCAAGUUUGGGCUCAAAAGCCGCAGCAAUGAAAAGCCUGGAUCUCACCUGCCUUUUGAACAUUCAUCCCCGGAGGCGGUCCGGACAUACAUCUCCAAGACAGCGGUCGAGAAAGGAGUCCAUGGCAGGCUCAUAGCAAAUGCAGAUCAGGUCUGGAGCCUGUUGUUCCGUCCCAACAAGAAGUGCCUGCAAAAGGCUGCAUCGGCUAAGGGGCUCAGAUCAGACCCGGUGAUGAAAUCGAAGCUAAUGCGACAGAUCAGACACAACAUCGAGAGAGCUUUAGACAUUCCAUUCAGUGAACCUGAUCCUGGCGCAUUCACUCACAAAACGGAGUUGAAGCCUAUUCAAAUCACUGGCGGUCCCGCAGCCACAGCAGUGGUUGACGAGUGGCGUCUGCCACGGACGGUAACGACAUUGAGUUUCCGAGACGGUUAUCUUGGUAGAGCUUACAUUACCGUCAGAAGCGGCUCUCUACCUGAGAAGACACGUGAACAGCUCAACACCAACUUGCAGAAGUUCAUCUUCAUAGCCCCACCGCAAGAAAAGACUCAUGUGUGGAGCCGGGUGACCUUUAUCAAAUAUUUGACCUUCUUGGCAGAGGAGGGUGAGCAGAGCCACAUGUGGUGCAUCCAAGAUGAAGACUGCCGGCGCAUCUUGCCCCCUUGGAUGAGCCAAAUCCUUGAGAUUCAAGUGUGCCAAUAUGUGAGUGAGUAUGAGAAGUGGUCUACAAAGAUCAACAAACGAGCAGCGGAGGGAAAACCCCUCACAAAAACCCAAGCAGAUUUGUACAACAGGUGGCAAGCUGACUGCGAGAGAAAACUUAUCUUCUGCAAGCAGCGCAAGAAACUCAUCAGUGAUGCCAAGGAAAUCUCUCCGAGCUGCAUCGCUGUAAAGCUUCAUCUAAGCGAUGAACCAGAGAUGCUGCAGCUUUCAACUGGUGGGAGUGAGCAAAAAUACCGGUUGAUGUUGUUGCGUGGUGACAAGCCAGAAGCGGAGAUUGGAGCUGUGCCCGAUGCUUUGGAUGCACCUGUUCCUGCUGAUAUGAUCCCUGUGCCGGGAGAGGAUUCAGUGAGUGAGCAGGAAGAAGAAGUCUUGGAUGGUGCAAUUGACAACGGUGAACCUGCUGCAAACGAUGAAGGAAUGGUUUCUGAAGCGGAAGGUGAUACUUUGGAGAUUUUGGCUGAUACAGAUGAUGACCUGGACCUCCUUGAUAUUACAGUCGGUGCCGGUGGGGAUACCAAAUCUGUGGCAAAAGUCAAGUCCUUCCAUCACAGAGAUGCUUGGCAGAAGCUCGAAAAGCUUGGCCUCGUUGCCAUACCGACCCACGUGAAUGGAUGCAGCAUCGGAUUCCACCGGACUUCCAACCAGUGGCAGGGGUACUACCCCAACUGCCACGAGGGGCUUUCAGCCCGUUUCGGUGGAACGACAAAGCGCUCUGAGUGUGAGUCGAUAAUCAAGGUAGUUCGAGGGAUCCUGGUGGCGAUCCUCUUCUCCGAGCUGCCGAGCUUUUGGCCGCUGCUGCCCUCCUCGGUGGCCCCGGACAGCUUGGAAGGCGAGCUGCACCGUGAGGAGCCGCACACGGGCCUUUAUGGGGAGGGGUCUAGGGGUGGUCUAGUCGGUGAGGUGGCAAAGGAGGACCCACAGAUGCGGCCGGCGGCUGUGCGGCAGAACCGGCUGCUGCUGGAGCCGCAGACCCUGUGGCGCUUCCGGCGGAAUGAAGUUUUGGUUCUGGUGCAGGUGUUGAAGUCCUGGACCUUGGCGUCUUGGCCCAAAGGCGGUGCUGAGAUGGGCAUGGACCGGGCCAGCUUCUGCAGGUUUAUCUUAGAUGUGGGCCUGGCUGAUCAGCGGAAGGUCCCCUUCUUCUGGGCGGUGCAUCUCUUCGACAGCUGCGCCAAGUGGAUGAGAUACUGCGCUGUGGACGACCCCAUGCCAGAGACUGCACCGCUUCUGCAAGUGCCUUAG